GAUUAAUUUGAUUCGUGAUAUUUGUUAUGAAUGGGGGAAUGAGUGAUUCCGUGGCUUCUGAAUAGAAAUUAGGUCACAAAAUUGGGGGUGUCUUAGGUGGGAUAAAAUGAGUUGUAGAUUGAGAACACAUUUUUGGCCAAAUAUAAUAUUAGAAAUUGCUUCUUUUACUGACUGAAGUUACUUAUUUUCUAGAAAGUAAUCGUAAACUUAGCUGAACUUGUGUGCUGCAGCAUGGGCAAUGAUAAAAUAUCAAGGAGUGGAUAGGUCAUUCUUUCCUGGUGAAUUUCAGUCCAAAUUGGACACGAAUUUUAGUGGGUUAGUAAUCGGAGCAAUUGAAGUAAAGCAAAGCUUCAGAAAAAAUAUAGCAAGAAGAUGCAAUGGGAGCAUCCGGUGGGCCAAAGCUUUCAGGAAUGCAGAAGCAAGUGCUUGCUUUGUACAGAGGAUUCCUUCGAGCAGCACGCACCAAAUCUCCAGAAGAACGAAUUCGGAUUGAGUCAAUAGUGUCAGCGGAGUUCCGUCAGAAUUCCAAGCAAGUUGAUCGCAAGAAUUUCCUCUACAUUGAAUACUUACUUCGCCGUGGUAAGAAACAGCUUGAUCAGCUUAAGAGCCCUGAUAUUGUUGGAUUAUCUUCGUUAAAUGUUGAAAUUUCUCAGAUUAAAAAAUCUUAAGUGAGAAAUAAACGUUAAUUCUUUUAGCAUUUUUGCCUUUGUCGGGAGAAAUUUAUCUCUUUUAGUAGCAAUGAGAAAUUUAUUAUUUCCUCAAACUGCUUGUUAUUUGGAUUAUUUAUACAAGAUAUCUUGGUAUGUUAAGGA